AUGUCAGCCUCUAUAGCUCCAGAAUGCAACAACGUCAAAGAGAAAUAUGAAACAUGCUUCUUGAAGUGGUAUAGCGAAAAGUAUCUCCGUGGAAACACUACCGACAAGGACUGUACGAAAGUCUUUGAGGAAUACCAAAAAUGCCUUUCGAAAACUCUUAAAGAACGAGGACUGGACGGGAUGGUGGAAGAAGCUCGCAAUAGCAGCAAGGAGAGCGAUGCUGAGUUUCUGAAAAGGAAUCCUUGGUGGGUUGUUAGGAGGAGGGGUUGGGGAGGUUCGGAACUAUGGGGUGGCAAAACGAAAACCAAUGUGUUGGGAGGAGACGGAGGCCACGACGGAAAUACAGAACGCGAAACACGUGAAGACGAUGAAGAUGAUCCAUAA